CAGGCGGAGGGGAGGUGCGAGGCGGGCGCCGCCCCCGGCCCCUCCCCAACCCUCCCCACGCUGCUCUCCGACCGCGGGCGGCCCAGGGGCGGGCGCGCCGCUGCAUCCCCAUCCUCGUCGCCGCCCGGCAUAGCGCGAGCGGGCGAGCGGGCGGCCGGAGCGCGGCAGGCGGAGCGCCGAGGCCCCGCCAUGGCCACCACCAGCACCACGGGCUCCACCCUGCUGCAGCCCCUGAGCAACGCGGUGCAGCUGCCCAUCGACCAGGUCAACUUUGUAGUGUGCCAACUCUUUGCCUUGCUAGCAGCCAUUUGGUUUCGAACUUAUCUACAUUCAAGCAAAACUAGCUCUUUUAUAAGACAUGUAGUUGCUACCCUUUUGGGCCUUUAUCUUGCACUUUUUUGCUUUGGAUGGUAUGCCUUACAUUUUCUUGUACAAAGUGGAGUUUCCUACUGUAUCAUGAUUAUAAUAGGAGUGGAGAACAUGCACAAAUACUGUUUUGUGUUCGCUUUGGGAUACCUCACAGUGUGCCAAAUUACUAGAGUCUAUAUCUUUGAUUAUGGACAAUAUUCUGCUGAUUUUUCAGGCCCAAUGAUGAUCAUUACCCAGAAGAUCACUAGUUUGGCCUAUGAAAUUCAUGAUGGGAUGUUUCGAAAGGAUGAGGAACUGACUCCAUCCCAGAGAGGUUUGGCUGUAAGGCGCAUGCCCAGCCUACUGGAGUAUUUAAGUUACAACUGUAACUUCAUGGGUAUCCUAGCCGGCCCACUCUGCUCUUACAAAGACUACAUUACUUUCAUUGAAGGCAGAUCAUACCACAUGAUACAUUCAGGUGAAAAGGGGAAGGAAGAAAUACAAAGCAAAAGAACAGAGCCAUCUCCAAAUAUUGCAGUUAUUCAGAAGCUCUUAGUCUGUGGACUUUCCUUAUUGUUCCACUUGACUAUCUCCAAAACAUUGCCUGUGGAGUACAACAUUGAUGAGCAUUUUCAGACUAUAGCUUCAUGGCCAGCAAAGGUGACCUAUCUGUAUGUCUCUCUGUUGGCUGCCAGACCCAAAUACUAUUUUGCAUGGACAUUAGCUGAUGCUAUUAAUAAUGCUGCAGGCUUUGGUUUCAGAGGAUAUGACAAAAAUGGAGCAGCUCGUUGGGACUUAAUUUCCAAUUUGAGAAUUCAGCAAAUAGAGAUGUCAACAAGUUUUAAGAUGUUUCUUGAUAAUUGGAAUAUUCAGACUGCUCUUUGGCUCAAAAGGGUGUGUUAUGAACGAGCCUCCUUCAGUCCAACGGUCCGGACAUUCGUCCUCUCUGCCAUCUGGCAUGGGGUGUACCCAGGAUAUUAUUUGACAUUUCUAACAGGGGUGUUAAUGACAUUAGCAGCACGAGCUAUGAGAAAGAACUUUAGACAUUACUUCAUUGAACCUCCCCAACUUAAAUUAUUUUAUGAUGUUGUAACGUGGAUAGUAACUCAAAUAGCAAUAAGUUACACAGUUGUGCCAUUUGUACUUCUUUCUAUAAAACCAUCCUUCAUGUUUUACAGCUCCUGGUAUUACUGCCUCCACAUUGUUGCUCUCUUAGUAUUAUUAUUUUUGCCAGUGGAAAAAACUCAAAGAGGAAAGAAGACUCAUGAAAAUGUUCAGCUGUCACAACCCAGAAAGUUUGAAAGGGAAAAUUCUUUGGGACUUCAGAACAAUUUUUCCACGACAAACAAUGUUUGCAGUCUGAAUCAGGAAGUAGCCUCCAGACAUUCCUUACUAAAGCAGUGAUGGGGGAGGGCUCUGAUAGCCGUUUCUUUGUAUAUUCACAGAAACCAAUCUUAGCACCUUUUCAAGAGGUUUGGUUUGUUUGGAAAAGCUUCACUGGGGGGAAAUGGGACUGUUAUAGGUGGGGAAUCUCCUGCAUACCAGACUGGAAAUGGAGUGAAAUAACCCCUCCCAUGACAUGUCCCUGUGGGCCAUGCCUUACAUAAAAAAUGUUUCCGUAUUUCAGUGGCACUCACAAGCUCAGCGUAUGUCAGAGGGUCACUUUGUGCCCUUGUGCUGAAUGUACGUUGCGCAUCCCAAGGCACUGAAGAGGUGGAAAAAUAAUCGUGUCAAUCUGAAUGAUUGAGAGAAAUUAACUUUUCCAAAUGAAUGUUUUGCCUUAAGCCCUCUAUUUCCUAAAAUAUUGUUCUAAGUAUUUUCAAGUGUAAUAUUGUGAGAACACUAUUGCAGUAGUUGAUAUUGUGUGCUGUAAAGGAAUUUAGGAAGAAUUUGAAACAGGAUAUUUAAGAAUGUGGAUACUUUAACAAUGCAAUAAACAUCUCAGUAUUUGAAGGGU